UUUUUAAGUGUUUUAGCUGGAACUUCAGUAUGCUAUCCGAACUGUGCACGAGCCUGGUGAGGAGCGUCUCCUCGACGACGCUGCUGCGAAAGUCGAGCUGUUGUGGCUUGACGCUGCCAAAGUCGCGGCAGGCAUGCACACAGAAGCAGACGCCCACGCGGCAGGAGCACCUGUGUGCCAUGAAGCGGGAGGAGUAUGAUGUGCUGGUGAUUGGCGGCGGCUCUGUCGGUUGUGGAUGUGCGCUGGAUGCCGCUUCUCGCGGCCUCAAGACAGCGCUGAUAGACGCCGAUGACUUCGCCAGUGGAGCCAGCUCAAAGUCGAGCAAACUAAUUGACGGCAGCGGCUCGUAUAUCAAUGAUGCCAUGCGGGACAAGAACUUUGAGCAGCUGCACAUCAUGAAGCAGGUGCUGAGCGAGCGUGCCACCAUGCUGAAGAUUGCACCCCACCUGAACCGUGUGCAGCCGAUGCUGAUGCCCAUCUACAGCGUCCUACGCUUGCCCUUCUAUUGGUUGGGCUUCAAGGCGUACGACUGGCUGGCUGGAGCAUCGAAUGUGCGCAGCUCUCACUUUCUCUCCAAGGAGGAAACCCUCGAUGAGUUCCCCCUGCUGCGGGCCAAGGGUCUGCGUGGCGCAAUGGUCUACUACGAUGGCCAGGUGGACGAUGCCCGCAUGUGUCUCGCCCUCGUCAUGUCAGCCGUCAAUCUGGGCGCGAAUGUGGCCAAUCACAUGGAGCUGCACGAGCUGAUACGCAAGGAUGGCUGCUGCCGAUGCGCCGGCGUUCGGGAUGUGCUCACCGACGAGAAGUUCUACAUUGAGGCGAAGUCAGUGAUCAAUGCCACAGGCGCCCAAACGGACACAAUUCGCCAGCUGGACGACAGCCAAACGAUGCCAAUUUCCGUGCCCACACUCGGCACGACGGUGGCCCUGCCCAGCUACUUUGGCUCGCUGCAGUACGGCCUGCUCAGUCCCGCCGCCUCGAGGCAUGAUCCGACGCUGCUGAUGGUUCCCUUCGAGAAUCACGUAUUGCUGGGCACUUCGAAUGGCAUUGUCGAUGACAUCAAAGAGAGUCCCAUGCCGCAGGAGUACGAUGUGGAGCUGCUGCUGGACACGGCUCGCGAUCACAUGGACGAAUGCGUUCAGCUGGGACCGGAACAUGUGCUCAGCGCGUGGACAGGCAUGCGGCCAGCUGUGGUCUGCCCCACAGAGGCAAGGCCGCUGGUGCGCAACUACCUGCUGGAGGUCAGCGAGUGCCGUCUGAUCACCUUGGGCGGGGGACGUUGGAGCACGUACCGCGUGAUGGCCGAGGAGGCGGUGGAUACCGCCAUCGAGGUGUGCGAUCUGAACCGCGAACUGCCGCCCAGCAGCACCAAGGAUCUGCUGCUGGAUGGAGCCGAGGACUGGUGCAGCAUGCUGCCCCUCAACUUUUGUCAGGCCUACAAUGUGCCCAUGGACGUGGCACAGCACAUUUCCGACUCCUAUGGCUCCAAAGGCCACACUCUCCUCUCGGAGGCCACGAGGGAAUCGAAGCGGCGGCUGCACUGCCACUUUCCCUACAUCGAGGCGGAGGUUCACUAUGCAGCGAGGCACGAGUACGCCUGCACCCUGGUGGACAUCAUGGCGAGACGUCUGCGCGUGGCCUUUGUGGAUGCGCUGGCUGCGCUCCAGAUGCUGCCACGCAUCCUGGCCAUCAUGUCCGAGCACCACAAAUGGGAGAAGAAGGAACAGACGAAGCAACUGGUGAGGGCCCAGCACUUUCUGGUGCGUCAGAUGGGUCUCGGAUCGGUUGUGAGGGCCAAGCAAAAGACGAACACAAACACCAAGACAAAGGAUUCUGCGAGCACCGACUGUGAUGGACAACAGCCGAAGCUCGAGAGUACAUUCCUCUGCAAGGGACUUGCUCCCAAAAUGGUGUAUUAUCAGUGUCCAAAGCCAAAGAAAUCGGAAAAGUAUCAGUUCGCAGUGAACUUCAACCACAAGUGCAAAUCGCUGGCCAAGAAGCAGAGCACUGCCACGGUGAAAGUUCCGAUUUCAGAGCCCUCGUUUGGGUUCCUGCCGCUGCCCGUGACGAGCGGCAUUACCACGGGAGCAGCCACCUCUAGAGCCAAGCCCAAGCCGGGACUGCUGCCCAUGACCUGGACCACGGGCAAACGCGAUUUGGCCUCGUCAGUGUGGCGCAAUAAAUUUAUGUGCUGAGCAAAGCCACUAACUGAAGACCUAUCGCUAUCGGAAAAUGGCAUUCGUGCCUUUAGUGAUUAUUUUUCCGUGAAUUAAACAGAUGCAGCUAAAAUAUA